CAAUACUAGUGCCACUACUUGGUAGAAAGCAACAAUUAGCUAAUGAAAAAAUGGCUGCAGAGUUUAUGUGAAGUCAUUAAAUAAAGUACGUAUAAAAAAACUCAGGUCAAUUGAUCAAGACUUUGUGACUGCGGUUUAUACACAGACAGAUCAACGGGCAUCCGAGAAAAAUGCUGUUACUGGACUUUUCGUAAUAGUCCGUUUAGAUCAACUUAAAAAAAAAUGAGAUGUGUUAAUUAGAGAGUCUUUUUGAGAUUAAAAGGUAUACAUUUUUAAAAAGCCAUAUGAUAAAUUAAAACUAAAUGUAAAUAAAUGAAUGCUUAAAAUCAACUUACAAGUUUCAAAUAAAACAUGACGAUAAAUACAAAAAAUUUAACUGUCGAGCAAGAGGGGAAAAAAAUAUUGCAAGAUCGUCCACCUGGAAAAUAUUUCAUCGAUGAAUCAUAUCCUAGCGGGUGGUUUUGGUGGUUUAUGUACGACUUUAUUCGGGCAUCCGUUGGAUACAAUAAAAGUUAGAAUGCAAUCAAAACCAAAUGAGUAUAGAAAUACGUGGGAUGCAGUUUUUAAGAUAAUUAGUCGAGAAGGACCUUCAGGAUUAUACAAAGUAAAUAUAAUUUUUCGAGUUAACAAACUCAUAUUUUGGGAUAGAGGUAAUAGAAUAACAUUAAUCAUUAAUGAAUGCCCUUUUUUUAUUGAAUAUUUAGGAAAACAGUUGGUAGCAAAACCUAACCAACGUAAUGAAGAUUUGGCAGCAACUCAAUUAUUUCUGGCGGGAAUGUUUAGUGGGUUUACCACUAUUCCUUUGAGUGUACCGGGAGAACGUAUAAAGUGUUUAUUACAAAUGCAAACUGGAAGAAAGAAAGCUUUCACUGGAUUUAUAGAUUGCGCUAUAAAACUUUUUCAUGGCGGGGGCAUAAAAAAUCUUUAUGUAGGUACUUGUGCAACAAUAUUGCGUGAUCUACCUGCUAGUGGUGUGUAUUUCAGUGUUUAUGAUAUCAUAAUGAGAUUGUUCACUUAUCAUUUCAAAGAAACUGUCAUGUGGCACUCAAUAUUUGCUGGAGGAUUCGCUGGAAUGAUUAAUUGGGUUGUUGCUAUGCCUGCAGAUGUAUUAAAAUCCCGCUUACAAAUAUCAUCAAUAGAUAAAUAUCCUCGUGGCAUGAGAUCUUUACUUCCGGAAAUUUUACGUGAAGAAGGCCCUUGGGUACUUUAUCGAGGAGUAAUGCCCAUUAUGAUACGAGCUAUUCCUGCUAACGCUACAUGUUUUUUUGGUAUUGAAAUAGCAAUGAAAAUUCUCGAUGCUCAUUUUCCUUUACUUUAA